AUGGUAGGGGGACUAGCUCUAUGGUGGGCUAAUGAGGUCAGUUUGGACGUUAGAGACCAGAAUGCAAAUAUUCUGAGGUGUGUGCUCUCUGAUUCUGGAGCCCAGCGGCUUGCUACUUUUAUUUAUGCCCCUGCUAGAGCUAGUCAACAAGAUGUCUUCUGGAACCAACUCUGGCUUAUUGCAAGGGACAACCGUUUGCCGUGGUUGUGUAUCGGGGACUUCAACGAGAUCGGGUCUGUCACCGAAAAAGAAGGAGGGACUGUGCCGAAUCCUCGAAGAAUUGAAAAAUUUCAAUCUAUUUUGAAUGACUGUGCUUUCAUGGAUCUUGAGUUCAAAGGCAACGUGUUUACUUGGUCCAACAAUCAUCGGGGGUCAAGCAUAGUUCGGGAGCGCAUAGAUCGGGCGGUCUCCACAGUGGCUUGGAGGGUGUUAUUUCCCUAUGCCCAAGUGUUUCAUGAAAUUAUUUUCAGCUCUAAUCAUUGUCCACUCUUGCUCAAUACUUGUAUUCCCCCUAAUAAAGUCCCUCGCCUCUUCAAGUUUGAGUCCAUGUGGACUACCUCUCUAAAUUGUCGAACAGUUAUUCAAGAGCAUUGGAUGAUGUCCCAAUUGGGUUCUCCCAUGUUUCGGUUUUGCCAGAAACUCAAAACAUGCCGCAGGGGUCUUAAAGCCUGGAGUUUGAGUGAAUUUGGAAAUAACCGGGUCAAAAUUCUAGCUUUGAAAGAGCAUUUGGCGAGGCUUCAAGCUUCUCCUUCCUCUGCGGACACUUCAAAUGCCCAAGGUCGUAUUCAAGCUGAACUUUCUGAAACUAUGUUACGGGAAGAGAUGUUCUUACACCAGAGGUCCCGGGUCAGGUGGUUACAAUAUGGCGAUCAUAAAAAAGGCAGCUUUCCAGUUGGGCCUUUGAAAGCCCCUGGUGCUGAUGGCUUUUCUGGGAUUUUUUACCACCAGUAUUGGGAUGUGAUUGGGGCGGAAGUGACGAAGGCAAUUUGGAGCUUCUUUGAGAAUGGGCAUCUUCUUCGAGAAUGGAACCAAACUAACUUGGUCCUUAUCCCCAAGGUCUCAAAUCCAGUCAAACUCUCUCAAUAUCGUCCCAUCAGUCUGUGUAAUUUCAAUCUAAAAAUCAUUUCUAAGAUUUUGGCUAAUAGGCUUAAACCCAUUCUGCAACAGGUGGUUUAUCCCCAUCAGUCAGCUUUUGUUCUCGGUCGUAUGAUCCAAGACAAUAUUCUUAUAGCUCAUGAUGUUUUCCACCACUUGAAACUUAAGCGGAGAGGGUUCGACUGUGCAAUGGCGGUGAAGCUGGAUUUUAAUAAGGCUUAUGACCGAGUUCAAUGGGAUUUCUUAUUUGCCCUCUUGGAGAGGAUGGGGUUUGCUGGUCUUUGGAUUCAAUGGAUUAUGGCAGUUGUUACCACGGUGUUUUUCUCAGUCUUUGCUAAUGGGAGGAAACGUGCUUCCUUUAUCCCCACUCGGGGCUUGAGGCAGGGUGAUCCCCUUUCUCCGUAUCUCUUUGUUCUGGUCGCUGAUGUCCUCUCUGCUUCUCUGACCAAGAGCCUUCAUGAAAGACGGAUCAAGGGCCUUAAGAUCAAGCAUAGUAGCCCUCCAUUGACACACCUUUUUUUCGCUGAUGAUGCAUUACUUUUUGCCAAGGUUGAAGCGGAGGAAUGCCUAGCUUUAAAACAGACCCUGGAGUCUUAUUGCUUAGCUUCGGGACAGCUCAUUAACUUAGACAAGUCUGGGAUUGCCUUCUCUUCUAACACUCCGGCUCAGACCCGUCUAGAUACUUGCAGCAGUUUGGGCAUCUCCCUUACCCAACAAACUUCUAAAUACCUUGGGCUGCCUUCUAGUUGGGGAAAAUCAAAGUCUGAAGCUUAUAAUUGUCUCAUAGAUAGAGCUGUUCAGAAAAUGCAAGGGUGGAAGCAGAGAUUACUAUCACAAGCCGGUAGAGAAACCCUUGUGAAAGCGGUGGUCCAAGCAAUUCCAUCCUAUGCAAUGUCCUGUUUCAUGCUUCCAAAAAAAUUCAGCGAUCAUCUUAACUUCUACACCCGUAACUUUCGGUGGGGCGGCGACCCGGAGUAUAGAGGCAUCCACUGGGCGAGUUGGGCCAAACUCUCUCUCACCAAGUCUCAUGGGGGUAUGGGCUUUCGGGACUUUAGAGCUUUCAACCUUGCCCUUCUCGCUAAACAAGCUUGGCGGUUGUUUAAAUUUCCCAACUCCCUUUGUGCCCAACUUCUAAAGGGAAUUUAUUUUCCAUCUUCGGAUUUUCUUUCAGCUAGAAGGGGGAGAAGGGCAUCUUGGGCAUGGUCGAGCAUUCUCCAAGGGAGGGAUCUCCUUCGUAAAGGCCUUCGGUGGCAAGUUGGUAAUGGUCAGUCCAUUAAUUUUUGGGAGGACCGUUGGAUUCCUUCUUCUCCAAAUUUUAAACCGGUCAGUUUGAAACCAGAUGGCUGCCAAGUUCAGUGGGUCGGGGAUGUUAUCAAUUCGACCCACGCUGUGUGGGACAGAGACAAAAUUCUGGGGAUUGUCAAUCACGCGGAUGUUAGUAAUAUCUCAGUCAUUCCUAUCUCAUUUGAGGGUCAAGCAGAUACUCUGAUCUGGCACUAUACCAAUAAAGGAAAUUAUGAAGUCAAGAGUGGUUAUCAGGUGGCCCGACAAGAGAUGUUGGAAGCGUGCUCCUCUGUAGCUUCCUUCUCUGUCCAACCCCCUAAAGGUUUCUGGAAGUUCAUUUGGUCCUUAAACGUCCCCCCGAAAAUCCGAAAUUUCUGGUGGCGAGUAUGCUGUAACAGGCUAGCAACAAAAGAAAAUCUAUUUCGGCGGAAGUGUGCUCCUUCACCUCACUGUCCGGUUUGUCAGGAAAGUGUUGAAUCCAUCGAGCAUAUUCUCUUCCACUGUGACUGGGUGAGAGCCGUGUGGUUUGGAUGCAAUCUGGGGCUCCGAAUUGGGUCCGAUCCGAUUGCUUCAGCUCUCCAGUCGAUGGUAUCUCUGAUGCAAUCUUGCUCUCAAGCGCUUGACAGAAGAGAGAAGGUGAGUAGGGUGGCCACCGUUGGUUGGUGUAUAUGGAAUAGUAGGAACAAUUGGGUUUUUCAAAAAUGCUCUGUGGAUCCUCAUCGCGUUUCUCAACAAGCCCGUGCUUAUUGCUUCUCCUCUUCGGAUGGUAGAGCAGCGUUGGCUGUCAUUCUGCGAGAUAGCCACGGGACACUAAUUGAUGGUGUGACCUCUAUAGCCUACUCUUCUUCAGCUAAACAAGGAGAAGCUCAUGCUAUUCAUCUUGCUUGCAUGUUUCUUCGAGCUCUGGGUCUUUUGAAUCUUCAAGUGGAGAGUGACAGCCAAGAAGUGAUCACCCUUUGUGUUUCUGAGAUGGUUGUGUCUUCCUCUUCCCAAGUUUCCUUUGCUUGGAUUCCUAGGGAGUCAAACGCAGUAGCUCACUGGGUGGCACGAGCUCAUCUUCAUGGAGCUCUGCCUUCUAACUGGGUUUCUACCCCUCCUGCUGCUCUCUCGGCUUUGCUUUUGGCAGAUGUUUCUUUGUAG